CUCCCCACAACCCCACACAGGCAGAUACCUGGCCAUCCAUCCAUCCAUCCGUCCACACUUGCUUGAAACCUCCACCACAAUCUCACCAGAGAAAGACACACACGUGGACACACACAGCACCAGCAGCAAAAAAACUCACUCACGAUCGACCGAGAUCACACACCACAUCACACACCACAUCCCCGGGCGGGAUGCUGCCUGUGUCAGGUGGUUACGCUCCCCCGCCCCAAUGCUGUGCGUCACAUUGGUUACGCCCCUGUGACACGACGCAUUGAGGCUCCAGAUCACAACCACCACGACACAGACUAACCAAGGACACAACACGCGACGGAAAGCCUCCCUCUCUCUGUCUCUCUGGCUUGUCCUGUCUGAUGGGCGGUGCCGCCUCCGACCCGUCAGGCUGUGCCGUGCACGCCUGAGUGCGCACUCGCCACAGACUGCCGAGACGGAAACAGAGUCACCCACCAGCCAAGACGUACACCAACCUUGCACUCUACAAACUCUCUACCUACCAGGCUCUCUCCGCUUCACAUAGAUCGGGCGGCAAAAAAUGGUCAUAAUACGAGAUGCAAUGCAAUGCCAUUCACCUCUCCCAAGCACCCAUCACCCACCCAAACAUCGAUGUAGGCAGAUAGGCAGACAGACAGACGGUGAGUGAGAGGCGGUAAGGGGUAUUCAUUCUCCUGACGAGGCUGGCUGGACAGUGCCAUGCCAGCCCAGCCCAGCCAGCCAGCCACGCUGAUGCAAUGCAAUCAGUGCAUGCAAUGCCUGGCCCGGUCCAUCCCAUUGCUCCCAUACAUCCAUCCAUCCAUUCACCCGUCCAUCCGGCUUGUGCAAUUAAGAAGGCUGAAGGGGAAACGACAAACAAGAGAGAGAUAGAUAGCAUGGUAUGGUAUGGCAUGGACAGCACCGUAUAUCCCUGAUCGACCGACGGACGGGCGGACAGAUCAGGUCAGCCACGUCCCCUCCCAUCCCCCUUCGGGAAAACUGGCACACACGCACUGCUGGAGGCGAAAAAGGAUGCAGUGCUGGUGCAUGCAGACACGCAUCACAUCACAGACAUGACAGUAUGGAUGUACCUGCUACGGCCACAGACAUACACACGUAGACAGACAGACAGACAGACAGGCAGUGAGACCCAUGACCACUGAUCAUCAGAUCGGUCGACAAAAAGGUGUCGCGCUGUUAUACAAUAUGCAGGCAUAUCAUGGCCGCCCCACCCACUCGCGAUGGCCACCUCCCCACCUCAUGCAGGAAGACAGGGGGGCAGCUAAGCAGGAGGAGAGCGGCUGCACACAUGGCAGAAACCAGAAACCCAGUCCCCCAAAAAGCACGCUGACAAACAAGACAAACAAGGUGAUGCGAGCAGGCGCACACGCCCGCUCGGGUGCGAUACGUCAAGAUAGAUAUGCGAUAUCCCUCCCUGGCCCUUCCUCCAUCCCUCCCUCUCUCUCCCAUCACCCCAUCAUACCCGUUUCCCCCUGCCCUGCACAAAGUAGCCCGCUGACGGCCCCAGCCCCUCAAACGCCUCAGCGAUGGGCCCCCCCGCCUGAUGGGAAUCCAGCGACAACGGCCUCUUGCUGGCAAAAGCCGCCCGAUCGUGCUGCAGACGAAUGGGAAACGCGGGGAGGCUGCCGACGCUCUGGGCCGCAUAUGGGACGGGGGCGCUGCCCACGCCGGGAGGCUCGCUGUGCGCGUCCUCCGCGGUGUGUGAGUGGUGUCUGUGCCGCUGGUGGUUGUGGUGGUGAUGAUGGUGGCUGCUGGUGCUGCUGGAUCGCCUGCCGCUUUUCUUGGAGAUGAACUGCCUGAUGCGCUCCCACGCGUUAGUGGGGUACACGGCCACGCGGAAAGACGAGGCCGCCCGGUCGCAGUCCAGCGGGCCAGAGACGGGCGACGGGGACGGCGGAGGGGGCGGGAUGGGCGUAGAGGUGGGGGUGACGGUAAGGUCCUCCUGGUGUGACUGGGCACUGGUGGACCGGCGGAGGUCACCCUGCAUCUCCUGCUCCUCGGGAAUGACGGCAAAGGACGUCACGUGCGCAUCGGGCUCCCUCAGCCCGCGGAACACCGCCUCUCCGCCAGAUGGCUGCUCCCGGCUGUGCAUCUCGGUGGUGGUCAGAAUGAUCUCCACACGCCCAUCCCUCUCCCUGUCCACAGUCGUGUCGGUGUGCACCAUGCCGCUGUCACUGGCCGUCUCAGCGUGGGCAGCGGCGUGGUCGACACAGCCGGCGUGAUCGACGUCCUGUUGAUCGUAUGACAGCGACCUCCGACGACUAAUGGCGACGGGAGGGUGGAGACGGGGCGAGUGCAGGGAGGGCAGCCGGCCAGCGGCACCCUCCAGUGGGGGCACAGACAGGGCGGGUGAGAGAGAGAAGACGCUGCCACUGCCUCGGCCCGAUUGUCGGUCGGGCGAGUCGGCGAGGGGGUGGUCCUUGCCCGUGUUGUCCGUGUUGGGGGGUGAGAGCGUCUGGGCUGGUCCGGCCUGCCGUGCAGUGGGUGACGAUGGCCCCGGUGGGCUGCCAGCUGGGCUUGGGAGAGGGGAGGGGUUGAGGUGCAGCUCCUCCAGGGCGGCCUUGAGCUGAUUCAGAUAGUCCUCCUCAGGCAUGUCACUGAUGGAUGGCACGCACACACAGACCGUGACUUGUGCGUGAGUGGGGGCGUCGUUGAGCUUGACUGGCCACGCACCUGAGCUUGAGCAGCUUUUGGAAGAGGUAGGUCUCCUGCAGCCUGAAGUGGUUGGUGAUCCUCCCGUCGGCAUGGGUCACAAUGGUCGCACGCACUAUGUUAAAGCCAUGCUGCACAACACAACACGACACAACACAACACACGCAUCCGGGUGUCCACUUGCCCAUGCGACUCAUUUACAUGUCCUUUACUGACCUGAAACACGGUAUGUGCGAUUUGGUAGAGCAGGCCGGGGCUGUGGGAGCCAGCUCGCCCCUGUAUCUCAACCUCCACCUGACGCUUAGCUGCACGCACACACCAACCACAGACCCGUCGACACAUGCACGCAUCAACGGCGCACGCCAGCCUGCUUCCCCCGCCAUCAUCUGACCGGGCUGGAAGAGGUCCUGCUGGUACUUGUACUCAUGCAGCGCCACCCCUUUCUGCGGCCCGAAUGCCGCCUGCUCGAGGUCUCGCCUGAGCUCCUCCAACAAGGCGGCGUCGGCAUCGUCCUGCACCUUGUCGAGCUCGAACGUGUCCUUGACCACACGCGUCGUCGCAGGGCCGCGCGUCUCGAGCCGUGCCGUCCGGACGCUGUACUUGUACUUUUUGAAACACUCCGCCACACGCUCCAGCAGACCGAUGUGGUCAGCACCUGAUUCAUCAACCAUACACACUCGAAUGCUCAAUGCUGCUGCUGCGUUAGUACCGGUGAUCUCGAUGACGGGGUGGUUUGGCGUGCCCUUGAUGGAGAGGUUGACGCGCAACUGCUUCUCCUCCCUCUUGGGCUGCUGAUAGGCGUGCAUGAUGCUGUAGUCAAUCUGGUGGCCAGCAUCGGCGGGUGCCGCCUCGCCGCCAACGGCAGUGUAGCUCUGAACGAAGAACGCAGAGAGAUGCAGCGAGUCAGCAUGGGCCAGCAGUGAGCAUCGGCCUGGGUGUGAGUCAUCCAUUGGCGCACCUUGUACAUGGCGGCUGUGGUUAUGACACGGCAAAAGGGAAAGCCUCACAUUCAUCCAUGGUCAGCGCAUCCUGCCCUUCG